AUGCUAGACUUCUUCAACCCCGGCUGGGAGGUGGAGAUCGGUAGCGCAGAGGGGCAACUUACACACCGGAACGUGUUUCGUCGGAAAGUCGAUCCCAUCGUCAACGGAAUUACCGACAUGACCAAGUUCUCUCCGGUGACCGAGAUCAAAACCAAGACGCCGACAGUAACCAUGCUGUCUCACGUUUGGUUUGCGAAAGACAUCAAGACAGCUUUACUUGCGGCGGACAUCAUCACCAACGAAUGGGGUUUCAAAGACUACAAGCUCGAUAUCUACGGCGCUCUCAACAAAUCACCCGUCUACUCCUCCGAAUGUCAAGAGAUCUUGGCUUGCAAAGGUCUUGGACAAAAUGUAGCGAUGCGCGGCACUGCAGACCCAGCAAUGGUCCUUGCGAACACUUGGCUAUUCCUUAACUCCUCCGUGUCCGAAGGACUGCCGCUUGCGCUUGGAGAAGCGGCACUCACCGGAGCGCCAGUCGUCUGUACUGACGUUGGCGCAUCCCUGCGCGUGCUCACUGACCCUGAUGACGGUAAACGCUAUAGCGAAGUUGUGGCACCCAAUGACGCAUAUGGACUCGCACGUGCGCAGAUCAACUUACUCGCUAUGCUGGAUGAGUGGGCUCAAUACGCCGACGAUGGCGCUGGGGUAGCGGCACCAAUCUUACCUCACAAACCCACACCAAAAGACGUCGAGAUCAUCACGCGUCGGAUGUACGAGAAGUCUGAACAUCGAAGAAAGCUGGGGAUGAUGGCCCGCAGCAUUGUCCAGAAGUCUUUCGGUGGUGAACGCUACCUUCGCGAGCAUGAGCAGAUGCUCUGGAUAGGUAAAGCCUGCUACGAGAUGUUGGAUCUCGAGAAGCGAACACCACCUCCACGAAACCCAGCACGAAUGUUGUCGCUUCGUCGUAGCUUGCCACGACUGCAUCAGCGAGAUACUGCAUCAAGUCACGUGUUCGAUGCGCAGAUGGAGAAGAUGAUGCACCCGCGUCCCUACGCGCCGAGACGAACAUCAGCGACAACAUCAUUCUCGUCGGUAUAUAUCGACGAACCAUCGGGUUCCUCGUCGACAUACUCUGACCCCAUCUGGGAACAUGAGGAGUGGGAAUUGCACCAUGAUUCGCCCGAAUCAUCAGUCAAGUACGAAAACUCUGACACUGACGACUGGCCGUUACCAGCCAUAACCCGUCCGGCGAGAUCGUACUCGGGUGCUGGUGUUAACGCCAGCGCAGUUUCACUAGCUGCUAAAGGAAAGCGACCCGCCCGGUACUCGUACUACGGACAUGAAAGCAAUCGAGUCUUCAAACCUGCAUCACCGAACGCGAAAAUGGAUCCGAAGAGAGCGGUGCUCAUGCGUCAAAGUCUGGCGACGACGGAGAGUGCGCGGAGUAGUAUGAGGGCGAGGAGUCAUUUGAAUGAGGUGGAGCUUGCUGAGUAUGGGAAUGUUGAUGGGAGGCUGUGA